AUGGCCAGAUGGGCCCAAGAGGAAGAGGAAGAACAGCCAGUGUUCGGUGAAGAGCAUGUCUGCAUCUCUGUUCCAGGGUACAUUCCCAGCUACCUGGAGAAGGAUGAGCCGUGUGUGGUUUGCGGGGACAAAGCCACGGGAUACCACUACCGCUGUAUCACCUGUGAGGGCUGCAAGGGCUUCUUCCGUAGAACCAUUCAGAAGAAUCUCCAUCCAUCCUACUCCUGUAAAUACGAGGGCUGCUGCAUCAUUGACAAGAUCACCCGCAACCAGUGCCAGCUAUGCCGCUUCAAGAAGUGUAUUACUGUUGGCAUGGCCAUGGACUUGGUGUUGGACGAGUCGAAACGCGUGGCGAAGCGCCGUCUCAUUGAGGCAAACCGUGAGCGGAGGAAAAAGGAAGAGAUGGUGAAGACGCUGCAGACGAGGCUGGAGCCCAGCAGUGCCGAAUGGGAGCUGAUCCGGAUGGUGACCGAGGCCCACCGGCUCACAAACGCCCAGGGAUCCAGCUGGAAGCAGAAGCGCAAAUUUCUGCCAGAGGAUAUAGGCCAGGGACCGAUAGCACCCACACCUGAUGGAGACAAGGUGGACCUGGAGGCUUUCAGCGAGUUCACCAAGAUCAUUACCCCCGCCAUCACCCGCGUCGUCGACUUUGCCAAGAAACUGCCCAUGUUUUCAGAGCUGCCUUGUGAAGACCAGAUCAUCUUACUGAAGGGCUGCUGCAUGGAGAUCAUGUCGUUGCGCGCCGCCGUGCGGUACGACCCCGAUAGCGAGACAUUGACUCUCAGCGGGGAGAUGGCAGUGAAACGGGAGCAGCUGAAGAACGGCGGGCUGGGCGUGGUAUCGGAUGCCAUCUUUGAUCUGGGCAAAAGUCUGGCGCAGUUCAACCUGGACGACUCAGAGGUGGCACUUAUGCAGGCCGUGCUGCUCAUGAGCUCAGACCGUUCGGGGCUGACCAGCAUGGAGAAGAUUGAGCAGUGUCAGGAGACGUACCUGCUGGCGUUUGAGCACUACAUCAACUACCGCAAGCACAACAUCCCUCACUUCUGGCCCAAGCUGCUGAUGAAGGUGACUGACCUGCGCAUGAUCGGGGCGUGCCACGCCAGCCGCUUCCUCCACAUGAAGGUGGAGUGUCCCAACGAACUGUUCCCGCCACUCUUCCUAGAGGUCUUCGAGGACCAGGAAGUGUGACUUUAGGAAAAAAGAAAUCAAAGAAAAAAAACGGAACUUUCCAACUGAA